CGCCUUGCCUCUGUGUAACGGACACAGUGUGAAUAGGCAUUAUUGUCUUAUCUACUGAAGGCAGGAGACGGGCGUUCUGCCUUUAACAUCAGUCUGUCCUGCUGCAUGUGUUCUCUAUACACCGUUUUCUCUCUUACUGGAAUUAUCUUAAAGCUUCAGCAUAUUUGAACUAUGGCAGAUGGACCUUAUAAAUACAUUAGGGAUGUCGACGGAAAAGUCAGCAGGGUGAUCCGUGUUGGCACCAGGAAGAGCCAGCUGGCCCGCAUUCAAACAGACAGUGUCAUAGAGAAACUCCAGGAGUUAUACCCUGAUGUGCUUUUUGAAAUAGUGGCAAUGUCAACAACAGGAGAUAAAAUACUUGACACAGCUUUAUCCAAAAUUGGUGAAAAGAGUCUGUUUACGAAAGAACUGGAGAACGCUUUAGAAAAAAAUGAGGUUGACCUUGUCGUGCACUCUUUGAAAGACUUGCCUACUACUCUUCCUGUUGGUUUCACUAUAGGAGCUGUGCUGAAACGAGAAAACCCUCACGAUGCUGUUGUACUGCACCCCAAAAAUGAAGGCAAAUGUCUAGACUCCCUAUCAAACAAGAGUGUUAUAGGCACCAGUUCUCUUCGCCGGGCUGCACAACUGAAAAAAAGAUUUCCCCACCUGGAGUUUAAAGACAUUAGAGGUAAUCUCAACACUCGUCUAAAGAAGCUGGAUGAACAUAACGACUUCUCUGCCAUCAUCUUGGCAGCAGCUGGUCUUCGGAGGAUGGGCUGGGAGGGCCGUAUUAGCCAGAUUCUUGGGCCUGAGGACUGCAUGUAUGCCGUUGGACAGGGAGCAUUGGCUAUUGAAGUGCGAUCUCGAGACCAGGACAUCCUUGAGAUGGUGUCGGUGCUGAAUGACCCAGACACUGUCCUGAGAUGCAUCGCAGAGAGAGCGUUCCUUAAACAUUUGGAAGGGGGGUGCAGCGUUCCAGUUGCUGUUGACACUGAAGUUAAGAAUUCACAGCUUUACCUGACUGGAGCGGUGUACAGUCUUGAUGGCUCGGAUAGUCUGAAGGAGACCAUGCAGACAAGCAUCAACUCAAACAAUCAGAUCGAGGAGCAAGAGAAGGUUGAUGAGAAGGUCCAGCGUGUGGGUAUCACGUCUUUAAAGGUGUCGGGAGAAGACCAGGAUGCCGCAGUCAAGUUAGGAGUGGACCUCGGGAUUCUGCUGCUUAGCAAAGGAGCCAAAGAGAUAUUAACCAUAGCCAGACAGCUUAAUGAUGCACCAUAGGCAUAUCAUUUCCUGUAUCGGGAGAUAAAUUACCUCAUUCUA